AUGGGCUGCGCGCCGCCCAGCUGGAGCAAGGUCGCGGGGGUGGUGGCCGCCUGCGCCGCCCGACGCCGCCGCGCGGGGUGCCGCGGGGGCGCGGGCCAGCGGGCGGGGCUGCCCUCGGUGGCGGCACGGGCGGAGCAGGAUGCGCGCGAGGCGCUGCCGGGCCCCGAGGCCAGCGCGGAGGAGUACCUGAGCCUGUUCUGCGGGCUGCCGGAGCGGCCCGAGCUCGCGGAGCACGUGGCGGGCCUCCUGGAGACGUACUUGCAAAGGGGCUUCUCGGCCGAAGAGGGAUGCGACGCGGCGCUCCGCGGGACGCUGAGCGCGGGGGCACGCCGAGAGGUCGCCCGCGUCUUCGAGGUUCGCUGCGCGCUACCCGAGCCGCCGCCGCUGCAGCGGGAGCUGCUGAGCGAGAUGUUGCGCGUGCUGUCGGAGGGCGCGCUGGGUGGCCGGCAGCUGGACGCGGCGCUGGAGCAGCUUCAAGGGGGCGCGCUCGCCGUCAGCGCGGCCUCGCUCUUCGACGCCAUGCUGGAGGCCCUGCUGAGCCGGCCGGGCGCGGGGGCGCUGUUCGUCGCCGAGAGGCUGCUCCGCGCCAUGCGGGCGGCCGAGGUGCCCGUCGGCGAGGAGACCCUGACGCUGAUCCUCGAGCACCACAUCCUGGCCGCCGCGCCCGGGUUCCUGGUGGCGGCCGGCAGGGAUGCUGGUGGACUCCUGGGGCGGGCACGACUUCGAGCCCCAGGGCUGUCCAGGACACUCCUGAUCGCCGCGCGGGAGCACCGCACGAGAGCAGGGCCUUGGUCCAUGCUCGCCCUGAGCGCGGGCCACCUCCGCUCGGGCAACGUGGACGCGGCCUACUACUGGUUCCUGGCCAGCCAGCUGGUGGAGCACCGCGCCGUGCUGGGCGACGACCUGAAGCCGCGCGUUGCGGAGCACCUCUCCCAGCUCGCCCGCGCCCUGGCCUUGUCUGGGCAGGUCUGCAGGCUGCUACACCUGCUCGCCCGGCUGCGCGCAGACGGCGGGAGGCUGCUGCCGAGCGCCGGCGCCCAGUCCAUCGCGGGCCUCACCAGCGGGCGCACGCUCGCCACGGUGUGGCUGGAGCCGCCCGCGGAGGCCCUACGCCGGCGCGGCGUGUGGGCCUCGGGCGGGGAGGACGGCGUGCGCGUGGCGUGCGCGGAGCAGUUCGAGUGGGGGCGGCUGGAGGCGGAGCGGCACGAGGUGCACCAGUGGUCCCCCUACCCGGCCCCGGACGCGAGGCCCGAGCGAGUCUGGCUCACGCCCCUCCGCGCCCCCGAUUGCGGCCACCUCGGCCUGGCGCGCGACUGGCUCGGCGAGAGCGCGGCGGCGGCGGCCGCGCGCGAGCGGCUGGGGGAGCGCGCGCCGCAGGUGGCCGCGGAGCUGCGGCAGGCGUCGCUGGACCGCGCGGCGCGCGCCGAGCCCGCCAGCCGCACCGCCGGGGGCGCAGUGGACGGCCUGGGGGCGUUCGUGUUCCCGCCGGCGAGGUCCUGGCGCGCGCACCACGCCGACGCGGUGAAGCGCGCUUUCCUCACCGGGGCGCGCGUGAGCGCGGGGAGCUCCGAGGAGCUCCGGGACAUUGUGGCCACCAACGCGUUCACCAAGGGCAUGGUGCAGAAGACUCGCGCGCCGUGCCCCAUCGCCCCGGCCCGCAUCUCGGCAAGCGGCGAGGGAGGCUCCCGAGGAGUUGCGGCUCCAGUUGGCCGAAAUGCCCGAGGCUAAUAUUCGCGAUCUUGCAAAGUCGCUGGUCGUCGACCUGUUACCAGGGGAGCCAGAGCUCAGCAAGGCCGCCGCCAUGGAUGUCAUGUCCAUCGCGAUCAAGGAGGUCCGGGGAGAGCCGCCCGUCUUCUCGCUCGGGGAGUGGGGCGAGCACGUUGCCUCCCUGAGCCGCGAGGACCUGGACAGGGUCUCGGAGCGGCCGCCCGCACGGGGUGUGGGCA